GCUAUAGGGUCAAGGAAAGAGAGCUCAGGCUAAAAUCCUUUAUAAACCCCCCUCCAUGUCUGCAACAGCACAUACCCCAGGCAGCAUCAUGGGGUUAGGACCUCUGUGUCUUCUGCUACUGUAUGGACUCAUUGGGUCCUACGCGCAGCAACCAUGCAGCCUGAUUACACCCAACGUGCUGCGUGUGGACAGCGAGGAGACCAUAAUAGUAGAUGGACACGGUUCUACGGUUAAUGCUGAAAUAAACGUCCAUGACUUUCCCCGAAAGAAAUAUACUUUAGUUUCGAGCAGAGUCUCUGUGAACAGCGAUAACAAAUUCUUUGGAGAUGUUAAGUUGACGAUACCCUCAAAUAAUCUGGAAAAAGACCCAAAUAAGAAACAGUUUGUGUACAUCACUGUAAAGUCUGCUACUUGCAAUCUGGAGAAAGUCGUCCUGGUGUCCUAUCAAAGUGGAUAUAUAUUCAUACAGACUGACAAACCCAUCUACACCCCAGGAUCUACAGUUCUAUACAGGAUUUUCACCAUGACCCCAAAACUAAAACCAGUGAGCAAACCGGUGAUCAUUGAAUUCCUGACUCCAGAAAAUGUCAUAGUCAAAAAAGAUCUCAUUCAACAAAACUCCAAAACCGGAAUCAUCUCCAUGUCUCAUAAACUGCCCGAUCUUGUAAGUUUGGGAAUAUGGACAGUAUCAGCAAAGUUUGAGGACACCUUGAUACAGAAUUAUACCACACAAUUUGAAGUGAAGGAAUAUGUUCUACCAAGUUUUGAAGUAAAAGUGACUGCAUCUCAGAAAUUUUUCUACAUUAAAGACAAAGAUUUAACAGUGGACAUAGAGGCAAACUAUCUCUAUGGUGAACCUGUUCACGGAAAAGCCUUUGUGAUCUUUGGGCUCGAGAGAGACAACGAGAAGAAAACUCUGCCAGAUACCUUGAGGAGAAUAGAUAUCAGCGACGGUGUAGGUUUUGCAGUUUUGAAAAGAGAGGACUUGGUGAAGGUCUUUGAAGAAGAGAGAGACAUGUUACAAUGGAGCAUAUUUGUGUCUGUUACUGUCAUUACUGAUUCAGGCAGUGAUAUGGUGGAAUAUGAGCUGGAUAAGAUCUUCAUUGUGGAAUCUCCCUAUAAAAUUCUCUACACAAAAACAUCCAAGUAUUUCAAGCCUGGAAUGACAUUCGAUCUUAUGGUGUUUGUUACUAAUCCUGAUGGGUCUCCGGCUCAUCGUAUCCCUGUUAUAGCAGAACCAGGAGGUGUCAGAGGAUCAACUCUGGAAGAUGGAACUGCUCGGUUGCCCCUGAAUACUCGCUCAGACAUAAGCAAUCUGCAGAUAACAGUGUCCACAACAGAUCCAAAAACACCCAAGGAAAAACAAGCUUUUGCCACUAUGACGGCCUUUGCCUACAAACCCCUCCAUGGCAACUACUUACAUCUCAGUGUCACGGGAGGAGUAUUGAAACUAGGAGAGAAUGCAGUGAUCACCUUUAUUAUCCGGAACAAUGACAAUGCCGUUCAAAACCAGAUCACCCAUUUCAACUACGUGAUAAUGAACAAAGGAAGGGUAAUGAAGGUGGGGACACAAGUGAGGGAGAAGGGCCAGGGUCAUGUGACUAUGUUACUGCCAAUAACAGAAGAAUUUAUCCCUUCAUUUCGCUUUUUGGCAUACUAUACCGUGACCACUGGAGCAGUUCGGGAAAUUGUGGCUGACUCUGUUUGGAUUGAUGUGGAGGAUACCUGUAUGGGGACGCUGUCGAUAACAGGAGAUAAGGACAAAGACAAUAUUGUUCAGCUGCCUGGAGCCUCCUUGAGGCUGAAACUACAAGCAGACCAUAAAGCUGCCGUUGGACUGGUGGCUGUUGAUAAAGGUGUCUAUGUGAUCAACAGUAAACUAAAGAUCUCCCAGCGAAAGGUCUGGGAUUCGGUGGAAAAAUAUGACAUUGGUUGCACAGCAGGAAGCGGUGCCAAUGCACCAGGAGUGUUUUAUGAUGCUGGCCUUGCCCUGCAAACAAGCUUCGCAAUGGCAACUCCUCAGAGAUCAGAGCCUUUAUGUCAACCAAAUCUGAGGCGUAGGAGACGUUCCUCUGGUCUAAUUAUUCAAGAACGGAACAAAAAAGCAUCACAAUAUAUAGGGCUGGAGAAGAAAUGCUGUGAAGACGGCAUGCUCGACAACCCUAUGGGUUACAGCUGUGAACGUCGGACUCACCUCAUUAUGGAUGGAGAGAAAUGUAUCGCUGCUUUCCUUGAUUGCUGCAAACAUAUUAAAAAGCAAAGGGAAGUUGAGAGUGCACUCAAAACAACUGAUGAAGAUGGAAGAAGUGAUGAAGAUGAAGAAUUUAUUGAUGAUGCUGAGAUAACAUCCAGAACACAGUUCCCAGAAAGCUGGCUUUGGAAGACAGAGGUUAUGAAUGAAGCACCAGAUGCCAAAGGGAUCUCCACCAAGUAUCUACCUGUUUUCUUAAAAGAUUCAAUCACCACAUGGGAGGUUUUGGCAGUGAGCCUAUCUGACAGUAAAGGUAUCUGUGUUUCUAAACCUCAUAAUAUUCAGGUGAUGAUGAAAUUCUUCAUUGAUUUGAAGCUUCCAUAUUCUGUGGUGAGAAACGAACAAGUAGAGAUACGGGCCAUUCUCUACAACUAUCAAAACAUUAGGUUGAAGUUGUAUGUAUACUGGACCUACAAUGAACACUUCUGCAGUCUCUCUACUGCCAAGAAGAAGUUCCGUCAAGAAGUGACAAUCCCACCUUCCUCAUCUGUGGCUGCAACAUUUAUUAUUGUACCACUAACCCUGGGAUAUCAUGAAAUUGAAGUGAAGGCAGCUGGACAGCAUGUAUCUGAUGGUGUAAAGAAAACCUUGUUUGUUGUGCCAGAAGGAAGACGUUUGACAAAGACCAUGAAAUCAGUUGUUUUGGAUCCAGAACGAAAAGGUGGAGUACAAGAAGAGCGGGUCUCAGCAGUAGAUCCCAAAAAUAUUGUUCCUAAUACAAGAAUUGACACCAUUGUUACCAUCCAAGGAAGCCCAAUAACUGAAAUGGUAGAGAAAUCCAUUGAUGGUGUCAAUCUGAACCAUCUGAUCAAUCCUCCACAAGGAUGUGGCGAGCAAAACAUGAUGAGUAUGACCUCUCCCCUGAUAGCCACACAUUACUUGGAUUUCAGCAACCAAUGGGAAAAAAUAGGACUUCAGCGCAGGGAUCAGGCCACUCAGUUCAUCAAAAAUGGUGUUGUUCAGCAACUGACUUUUGCAAAACCAGAUGGUUCAUAUGGUGCCUGGAUCCAUACAUCUUCUAGCACAUGGCUCACUGCUUAUGUAGUCAAAGUAUUUUCCUUGGCUUCAAGUCUGAUUGAUAUUGAGAAAAAUGUGAUAUGUAAUGCAGUGAAGUGGCUCAUUCUAAAUAAAAGAAAUCCAGAUGGAGAAUUCAGAGAGGAUUUUCCUGUCUAUCAUCAAGAGAUGGCGGGUGGUAUAAAAACAGGUGCUGUUGAGUUGGAUUCUAGUCUUACAGCCUUCGUCCUCAUCGCCAUGUUAACUAGUGAAGAAACCUGUAAAGACCAAGUUAAUGUUCCUACAAGCAUUGAAAAGGCUGCACAAUAUUUAAACGAUCGUUAUCACUCCCUGAAGAAACCCUACUCCAUCGCCAUCACUUCCUAUGCACUGGCUAAAGCUGGCAAACUCGAGGACUCCAGGAUACUAAUGGCUGCUUCUACAGAUAACAACCACUGGAAUGAACCAAACUCUCGCUUCUUAUCCCUUGAAGCUACCUCCUAUGCACUUCUCACCCUAUUGAAGUUGAAGGAGUUUGAGAAGGCUGGACCACUGGUGAAAUGGAUAACCGAACAGAGAUACUAUGGAGAAAUCUGGGGAUCCACACAAUCCACUAUGAUGCAGUUUGAAGCCCUUGCUCAGUACCAGAUAGAUGUACCAGGUUUCAAAGACUUGGACAUGGACGUCUCCUUCCAACUCCCUGGGAGAUCCGACCGUAUAACUCAUCGUCUCAAUCUUGGAAACGCCCUGCUGGCCCGAUCAGAACAGACAAAAGAAGUUGGAGACUUUAUAGUCACUGCUAAAGGGAAGGGUCAAGGCACUUUGACGGUAUUUUCCAUUUUCCAUGCCUUUGAGACAGAGAAAGAGAGAACAUGCAACAACUUUGAUGUAUCGGUGACAAUUCAGGAGGAACCUGAAUUUAAGAGACCUAAGGAGGCCCUUUCAACUGUUUCCAUUACUAUUUGUACGAGAUUCCUUAAGAACCAAGAUGCCACCAUGUCCAUCAUUGAUAUGUCUAUGAUGACUGGUUAUGCUCCAGAUAUAAAUGACCUUAAUAAGCUUAAAAAAGUAGUGGACAGAUCCAUCUCCAACUUUGAGAUCAAAGAAGGCGUAUUUGAUAAAGGCACAUUGAUUAUGUACCUUGACCGGAUUCCCCACAACGAAGAUGAAUGUCUGAAAUUCCACCUUCAUCAAUACUUCGAAGUAGGACUUAUACAGCCUGGAUCUGUCACAGUGUACGACUAUUACUCUCCAGAAAACCGUUGCACUAAAUUCUACCAUUUGGAGGAAGGAAGCAAACUUCUGGGCAAGAUUUGUAAGGGAGAUGUAUGUCGCUGUGCAGAAGAGAAUUGCUUUUUGCAGCAACAGCUUGAUAAUGUGAAUGCGCUUGAGCGAGUAAAUAAGGCUUGUGAACCUGGUGUGGAUUAUGUUUUUAAGGCAACCCUGACGGAGAUUCAGAAGGGUGAUAGCUAUGACAACUAUGUCAUGACAAUUAUUACCGUCAUUAAGGAAGGUACGGAUGUAGGUGUUGCCAAUGAGAAACGAAAUUUUAUCAGCCAUGCCAAAUGUAGCAAAGUCUUGAGCUUGGAGGAAGGCAAAGACUAUGUGAUCUGGGGAGUGAGCAAAGAUCUGUGGAAUACUGCGAAUGGAUUUGCCUACAUGAUAACCAAGGACACAUGGAUUGAAAACUGGCCAACUGACCGGGAUUGCCAGAAAGCUGAGUUUGCUAAACUCUGUGAUGAAUUUUUCAACUUUAUUGAUGAGAUGGAUUUCCGUGGAUGUAUCAGCUAAAUUAUAUUGGACUUCUCACACCUCAUUUCCGUUUUCAUAUUCUCUUUGCACAUGCCGGUUUUGAUAUUCUCAUUGUAUAUGUUAAGAAUGAAUACAUCAAUAAAAGUUGUUUCUGACCAAUG